GAGGAAAAGCGAAACUACUCCGUUUUCAGGAAAGCUCAGUCUGCCAUGUCACCAGAUUCUAAGAAGUUAGUCUAUUGUCUAUUGUAGACUAUCAUGCGUAUAGGGUUUCUGGCUAUUUUAUGUGUUAUGUGUUUACUUUGCAACGAGGAAACAGAAUGUCAGAUAGAUAGGCUACAGAAGAUAUGAAAGCGUAACACAUAGGCUAUUUUUCAAAGGAAAUGGGUUUUUGUUAUUUAAACAUUUUAUCCCAUUAGACUGACAUGCAUGAGAAGAUAACUGUGUUUUGUACAUGACGGACACAAUGUUUUCCACAGUUCUUCUGGGUCAGAUCGUCCUUACACUGCUCUGCCAGGCAUUUUGUUAUGAACCCACAGAGAAGGACUUGGAGUGUUUCAAUGACUUUGAGACAGAAAUGAAGUGCAGUUUGAGCCUCAAGAGUUGCUCUGGAUACAAACUAAAUAUCACACAUGCUGAAGCAGAUUUGUUAAAAGAAUAUACAUGCAUCUUUGAGAGUCAUCACAGUCCCAGUUGUGAAUGUAAAGUUGAAGUCCAAGGGUUUGUUAUAGGAGAGAAGUUCACUACUACACUUCUGGAAGGAACAAACGUUUUAUUAAGCAAAACAUUCAUGACAGAGGAUUUCAUCAAACCGAAAACUCCAGUUUUAUCAGUGCAGAAGACUGAAAAUGGAAAUUUUUAUGUAACUUGGGAUGACAACUACACAAGUUAUCCUGCAGGAAAUUUAAAAAACAGUUUGGAAAUACAUCUGAGAUAUAGGAUUAAAGGAGAAGAUAAAACAGUGUACAGCAAUGCGUCAAAUUCAGCGGGAUUCUAUGAUAUUGUGAGCAAACAUCUCCAGCCAAACACCAACUACAUUCUGACAGCAAGAAUGAGCACAAGCUAUAACGGACACAAGAUACUGAGUGACCAGAGCGCACCAGUUGAGUUCACCAGCCCCUCAUCUCCAAAUGAAAUGGUCAGAAAGUUGGUUCCACCUCUGUGUGUUGGUUUAAUCUUAAUCAUUUGUGCUAUGUUCAUCUGCGUUUUGAGGAUGAAGACAAAAUGGUGGGACAAGAUCUCCAAGCCAAAAGUAGAUGCCAGUUUUGGAGAAGAGAAGGGUCAUAUUUUGCCUCCUUCCAUUAUGAACUUCUCCACAAUCCAUGUAGAGAUUCCAAAACUGGAUUUUCAGGAGGAAAAGAAAUUGAUCUCAGCGUCAUCAGUAGAUGCAACCAAUGAGAAAAGUUCCCACAGUGUUGAGUCGGCGGCAGACGAUUACGGCCAGGCCGGCUUUGAUUCCGGUAGUGACAAGGAGAAUUGCAGUCCGAUCAAUGUCUCAUCACGCGUCAAACAUGCCCUGGAGGAGGAUUUCAAAUCCCUUUUUACCAGCAACACAGCCAGCAAUCAGGGCACUACAAUGGUAGUCAAGAGUUCCUCAAGAGAACACAACCGCACAAGCCGAGAUUCGGGCAACUGCUCUGGCUCAUCGGUUUUCAGCAACAUGACGUAUUUGGAAUCGGCCACUGAUGAUUCUUCAUUCCUGGAGCAGCUGAGCAGUCAAUCCGACAAGAGGGAAAACUCCUCUAUGAGCGCUGAUAUCAGCAAUAGCAAGUUUAACUUUCCCACUAUUGAUGCUUUGGAAGACGGAUAUCAGUGCUUCAACAGUGUUGUGAACCAGGGAAAUGAUGCAGAUGUUAGUUUAAACCUUUCAGAUGAUGCUGAUUCUGAUGAAAAGUUAAUUGUGAAAAAUCUCAUCACUAGUAAAAAUCCACUUUAUCCUUCUCUGUUGCUCCAUGAUGGCAGCGUCACACCAAGUGAUGAUGGAUAUCAGGCUUUUGAAGGCUUAACAAAGAGCACAGAAGGACAAUGGAGCACAAGCAUCAGAACCGAACAAGCUCCUAAUGAAUGUGGAGCGCUGAAAUUCCCCCACAGCACUGGCCAAGAUCCCACAUGGGCCUCUUCUUUGCAUUUCUCACCCAUUAUUCAAAUAGACACUUCCUAUCAGUCUGUUUAGCUGUGCUGCACACAACUGAAACUUUGAAUUUUUGGGUAACACUUUACAAUAAGGUUCAUUAGUUAACAUUAGUUAAUUACAUUAGUUAAUGUGAACUAUUAAUGAACUUCACUUAUACAGCAUUUAUUAAUCUUUGUUAAUGUUAAUUUCAACAUUUACUAAUACAUUAUUAAAAUCUUGUUAACAUUAGUUAAUGCAUGUAAUUUGUUGUUGUUCCGCAUGAAACUAUGACCAGUAAUAACUAUCUUUAAUUUCUAAUUCUUUUUUUAGACCUUGAAUUCAAGUUACAUUAUUAACAAUAAGAGGUUGUACAGUGUCUUAAAUGCCUGAAGAGGUCAUGUAUUACUAUUUUGACACGAUUCUGUAUGAUUUUAUUGUCUUUGACAUUAAGUAACAUUUGCUAAUGUACAUUAUAAAUGCAUUGUUAUAUUACUAUUGCCAUCUCAGUUUUCUGCAAAAACAAAAAUAUAAAGUACAUACCAAAUGUAGGUGUGGGUGAUAACUUUAAAUAUGCCAUAAAUGCUCACUUGUCAGCUAUGAUAGAAUAUUUUACUAAUAUUAGCAUCUGCCAUUGAUUACAUUUUAACCAGAAACCCUGAGAUAUCAGGUGCAUCAAAACUUCAGAAAAUGAAAGAAAGAAAAAAGUGUUGGACAUACAUACCAAAAUAACCAAUUGUACCUACAUUUCAUAUAUAUUUUUUUCUUCAAAAAGUGAAAGUGAAAGGCUUCAUCUUAAUUCUUUUUCUCAGGCAGAGAUUUAAUUAAGAAUAUGCUAGCAUAAGUCUCAUUUCAUUAUAGUGAUGUGAGAUUCAGUGCUGUAGUAAUAAUUACUAAAUUAAAUGAUAACUAAAAUGUUGACACAAAUAAAAAAAAAAAAAAAAGACUUACAAGUAAUAUAAAUAUACUACAACCAAAUGGUCAGUGAAUAUGUCCAUGUAAAUAAAAAUAAACAGACAUGAACACAUUUAGUUUUUCUUUAUUGAAAUGUUAAAAACAUCAAAUAAACAAAAAUGUUUCAUUUUGAUUGUCAAUUAACAAAAUUCAAAAAUCAGACUUUCGCACAAAGAGGCUGAAUAGAAAAACAAAUACUUUCAAUAUGACACAUAAAUUAUUGCAUAUCUGCAAUCUAAUGAAAUGUAGGUCUUUGAUUGGCUAGUGUUGCACAAAUGUAAAUAGACAUGAUGUAAUGUCAUCCAAAGAUGCACGACCAUUUUGUGAAAGCUUUUUGACACAUUAAAAACAUAUAAAAUACAGCAUGAACUACAUUACACCUGCAAAGAUAACAUAUGGCUAAUACUGACAAACACAUUCAGUAACCAUAUGCCUUCUUGACAGCAAUCCCAAAAGCCUUCUGCAGCUUGUAUAACAAGGUAUGUGUUUGUGUAAUGUUCAGCACAUUUUAUUCAUUGUUAAAUGUAAUGUAAACUUAAUUAUUAUUAUUAUUAUAGGCAAUUAAAUCUUAAAGGAGCCAGACUUACUAAACAGGUUCUAGAACAUUCAUUCUCAUAUAACUUUAUACCUAGACAGCUAUUACAUCAUAAAUACUGGUUUACAACAAACAGUAUCUUAUAUGGAUAUGUAUAUCUAUAUACAAGAUUUGUUUCUUUAAAGGGUUAGUU